ACCAUUGAUGAAGAAAUAAAUCGUUUUGUCAAUCGUAUACUACAAGAAAUUGGUCCUAUAUUGCUGGGUACAGCACUCAAUCCAAAGUUGACAAGUGGACGCCGCACUAACGAUACCCAAACGUUGGAUGUUGCUGGUAACGAUGAAGAGGACAUCGUUAGCAAAGAAAAUUCCAACAAUAAUGACUAUGUUGGCAAUAACGACAGAAGUUUCUCCGAAGAGGAUAAUCUAAAUGCAAGUGGAAUUGACGAAAGUGCUUUGCGUGCUGAAGACGACGAGGAUGAUAUACCCGAAACACAAAUCGACGACAUAGUUAAUCGCAUUAUAGGCCAGGUAAUACGUGUUGCCGGUCCCAGUCUGCUACCGGCGCUGCUCGGCAACAAUCGACCAACCACCGAGCGUUCAGACUUCGAUGCUGAUUUCGACGACGACGAUGAUGACUCCAGUAAUGAUGUUAAUUCUCAGGAGAAAAAUAGUGUUUUCAGCAAAAGUGAUGCUGCUACAUCGGCGCCCAGUGACAGCAGUGAUACUGGUGGCACGCGUGUAAGCAUCGUCUUGCCAACAUUCGCGCCAGCGAAUGAAUCAUCUUCGGAUGCAGCAAAUAAAGUGAGUUUCGCGCAAGGCGCUGAAGAAGCAACAACUAGUGUUGCAACGUCAACAUCAACAUCAACAUCAACAACAGCAGCAACAGCGACAACGACCACGACAACUAGCACAAUAUCGACGCCUGUCAUCACAAGCACAACGGUGACAACAAUCAGUCCUCAGCCAAUAACUCCACUGACAAUUACCACUACCAGUCGGCCCAUUGAAAUAUUCACCACUCCAAAUCCAACUACCGUCGCGGCUAGUCCAUCACCAACUACUACCAACGUUCCCACGCCUGCACCAACAACCCUUUCACCAGUCACAUUGCCCACCACUACCAUUAAUUCCAUAUUAGUUAUACCUAGAAAUAAAGGUAAAAGUUCGAGUAGCACUAAUGCCAAUAGAGGCAACACAAAUAUACCUAAUUUAGCCACAACAUCUGCCACAAUUGAAGCUGACACAGAAAGUUCCUACACCACCACCACCACCACAUCCACACCCUCAACACCCUCAACACCCUCGACUAUCCCAAUUACCACCACUGCCACAUCAAUACAAUAUCCCACCAAACCAACCACAAUCUCGGACAUUUUAAAUACAGCUACAGCAACAAAAGAAAUCGUUGCAGGCGAUACACUACCAACACCAACAAUACCAGCCACCUAUUUGGGCACAUUUGAUGGCGCAGUAGACGGCAAGCCAAAUAGUAUACGAGUACGAAAUCCAUUCACACUACCAACUCCAACUCCAACUCCACCUCCACCAUCCUUAGCACCAACACCAACACCACAACAAUCACUUGAAACCACCACGUUGCCGUUUGCUGUUGAUGUUGAUCGAUCACAGCUUGUUGCUUUAGUCGACAAUAUAAAUCGUUUAUUGAAUUCACCAAAUCUUCUUAUUACUAAUAGAAAUAAUGCAAAUACAACACCAGCAACAACAACAAAUACAAUUACAACAACGCCUUCAAUAGCAGUUUCAACACAAUCGACGGAGUUAAAUACAACUAUAAAAAUUACAAAACUCCUACCUGUGGCUAAUUAA